GAUGGAAGUAAACAAAUUACUGAGUCAUUACCAGGCUCAUUACAGGAUAACAAUCGUGCAGAAAUUUACACGGUAGUUCGUGCUCUUGAAACAUGCGAAAAUCGAGAAAAGGUACUUGAGAUUAGGACCGAUAGCAGAAACAUGGUUAACGCAUUUGAAAGUUGGAUCAACAUAUGGAAAACGCGUGAUUGGAAAACAUCACGUAAUGUGGUUGUUAAAAACAAGGAUCUUUUUGAGAGAAUUGAUAUUUUAACUUCUAACAGAAUUGGCAAGGUUUACUUUACUUAUAUUCGGGGACAUAAAGGUGUGGUCGAGAAUAAGAAUGCUGAUAGAUUGGCCAAAAAAGGUGCAACAAUUAGCAUGUAUGAAAAGAAAAAAUUAUCACCGUAUAAUAGGUUUAUGAAAUUCAAUCUCCCAAUAAUUAAAAGGAAUAAUCCAGAAUUAGAUCAUAAUGCAGCAUUUAAAUUAGUAGCAUCCAU